UAUCACCUGUUGAACAAGGAAGUUGGAUUUUAGAUUUAAAAAAAAACACGUAAGAGAUUCUGCAGAUCUUGAGCAACACAAACACACAAUGCUGGAGGAACUCAGCAGGUCAGGCAGCAUCUAUGGAAGGGAACAGUCGUCCUUUCGUACGAGACCCUUCUCAGGACUUAAAGGAAAGAGCUAGAAGCGAGGAUAAGGUGGAGUGGUGCGGUGCAGAGCGCACAGCCCGGGAUCAGUGUGAUUUAGAGUGUCAAGACCGGGAUUGCUGCGGUGUGGAGCGCACAGAUAAUGAUCAGUGCGGUGAAGAGCGUCAAGGAGGAGAAGUGAAGUGGGAGGGGUAAAUGCAAAACUUGCUGAGAUAAGACGGCAGCUUCCCGGUCCUAUAAAAUGCACGUCUGGUAGCAUCCAUCCAGCAUCAACUUCACUGCCCACUGUAAACAUUUCAGCACUUUAAUUCAUACUGUUCAUGAGUGCGAGGGUCAAGAUGCUUGCGGGUGGAUGUUUGCUCUGCCUGCUGUACUUUUCCCCGGCUCUAGGGCAGGCGCCGUGGCUGAAGGGAGGGUUAGCUGCUUUGGGCCGGGAGAACGGGACCUUGUGCCAUUUGUUGUCAGGGAACGGUUCAGUGAGCUCCUGGAGCUUCCUGGCCCGGAUGGGGGGAGGGCUGGUCUUCUUCCAAACUCUCUGGAGCGGACAGGGUGACCUGGAGCAGUGCGCGGUUUGGAGGGAGACGAGCAUCAUCCGCAACUACCUGACCUUCUGCUUCACGACCCGCGACGGGGCGGGGGCGGGGACGGCGGGUGGUCUCCUGGGACAGUCGGAGCCGUGGCUUCAACGCCAACUGAAGUUGCUGCAGCAAGUCGCGGCGGCCCGGUGCAGCCCGAGUCCCGCGGUGCUGGGCUCUCCCCGGCGGGACAAGAGCAGCGACCCGCCGGCAACCUGGUUCCACCAGCAAAGAGGAAGAGGAGCCAGUAGGAGCCGCCGAAGCUUGAUCGUUCCUGGGACGUUCUGGUGUGGGGCCGGAAACUCCGCAGAAAGCUACGAUGAACUCGGGAUAUUCAAAUGGACAGAUUCCUGCUGCAGAGAACAUGACCAUUGCGAACGUACAAUAUCUGCCUUUGGGUACAACUAUGGAAUGCUAAACUACAGGUUGUACACCAUAUCCCACUGUGAUUGUGAUUAUAGGUUCAAGAAAUGUCUCCUAGAUGUCAAUAACACCAUCUCCUCGCUGGUCGGAGUGACAUAUUUCAACAUGCUCCAGAUCCCUUGUUUCUCCCUGCAACCAGUCGACCUUUGUAUGAAGAAGACUGUUAUGAGCUUUUGCCAUGCUGUUGAGCUGACAUACCAGGCUAUUUUACACUUUCCAUCACCGUACAAUUACACCCACCCCACUGUGGAUGACGAAGUGGGACAGUUGCCUGCAUCCACAGAAAGGCCAGCAACAACGAGCAGAGUGGACGAAAUUGGCAGCAGUGUCUCGGGCGAAUUUGUUUAUCCAACUACACAGCAAGGAGCAACGCAAAAAUCUCAGAAGAACAAAGAGAAAUGCAGGAAUUGCAGUGGUCGCCAGAAGCAGGAAGCCAAAGAUGCUUCUCAAAAUACCUUGAAGUCAGGAGCAGAAAUUGGAGGUGGUUCCCGAACUUGCAACUGUUACAAGCCUCUGGAUCGUUGUGUGGCCAAGAUCUUGCCCCAGGAAUUCAAGUUCUCUCUUUACAACCAGGAAUCCAAAACCCUCUAUCACUGCAAGUGUAUGAGAAGGUUUGCAAACCAGAUGAAGAUGGAAGUAAGUGUGAAAAUGGUGAAGGAACUGUUCUUCAAAUCUGUGUCGCAGAGUUGCUUCCAGCUGAAAUCGGUGCCAAGGAAUUGCAGCGGAGAAGGACACGUUCCGUGUGAAAGUCAAUCCAACUCCACCAUGGCUAUUCUCUCCAAACCCAGAUAUCUACAGGAUAUCAUGAAAGGUUGGAGGACUGCCGGCGAAACCCUGUUUCCGUCACCAGAUGAGCAGCAGAGAAAUCAGAAUGGAACAUUUAACAGCACGGACUCCGUUAAGCUGUAUCAUCGCUGUUUACAGAUGAUUCGUACUUCAACUGUAAAAUCUUAAAGGCUGCUUUCUGGGCCACGCAGUGUGGGUUGUGACGCAGACACGGAACAGUACAGCCUGGAUGUUGUGCGACCCCCUUACUCUUAAGAUCAAUCUAACCCACAUAGCCCUCCAUGUGCCUAUCUACGGGUCUCUUAAAUAUCACUCAUUUAUCUGCCUCUACUACCAACCCUUGCACUGCAUUCCAUGCACCUACCAGUCUUUGUGUGCAAAAAAAAACAUCUGAUAUAUCCCACCUAUACUCUCCUCCAAUUACCUUAAAAUUACACCCCCCCCCCCCCAUAUUGGCUAUUCCCACCCUGGGUAAGAGUCUCUGGCUGCCCAUUCUAUGCCUCUUAUCAUUUUGUACUCCUCUAUCAAGUUGCCUCUCAUCCUCUUUGUGAUUUUAUGAAUAUUACGUGGCUCCAUGAGUCUUAGGAGGGCAGCCGAUGGUGCAGUAGCAUCCACACUGGACUUCAGGGUGAGUGGUCCUAGGUUCGAAUCCGGCUGGCGCCUUGCUCGUUUUCCAUCUGGUUUGAGCGCCGAGCUAGCAAAUUUAGCCUUGUAAAAACAGACAAAAUGCUAAAGAAAUGGCAAGGUUGCCCCCUGAUGUGCCAGAGUGGCACUGGAGGAUAGUCUGAGUCUUAGUGGUAGGAAAAGGAUGCCUUGAUAAAUAUUUUGUCUCGGGGUGCAAGUCUAUAGCUCCCUGAGUGGCAUUGAGUAUAAAAAUUGGUAAACAACUAUGUAAAACUUUGGCCUCCUCUACCGUCAUGGAGACCAAAUCUAGGUUGGAGGAGUAUCACCUCCAACCUGAUGGCAUGAACUUCAUUUUCUCUAACUUCUGCCCCCUUUUCCCUUUCCAGUUACCCUCUCACCCCUUGUCUUCUCCUCACCUGCCCAUCACUCCCAUAUUGUUCCCCUCCUCCUUCCCUGCUCCACUGUCCUCUCCUAUCAGAUUCCUUCCUUUUCAGCCCUUUAUCUCUCCCAGCUUCUUACUUCAACACUCCCCCCACCCACCUUCCCCCUCACUUGGUCUCACCUAUCACCUGCCAGCACACACUGCUCCCCGUUCCCCCCACCUUCUUAUUCUGUCUUCCACCCAUUUCCUUUCCAGUCCUGAGGAAGGGUCUCAGCACAAAACGUCAACAGCUUUUCACCCUCCACUGGUGCUGCCCGACCGGUUGAGUUCCUCCAGAACUUUGUGUCUGUUGCUCAAGAUCCCCGUCAUUUGCAGAAUCUCUUGUGUUCAAAACUUUGAGGGCACAUUUGAGAUAUUGCGUCCAGUUCUUGUUGCUGCAUUACAGGAUGAUUUGGCAGCUUUACAGAGGGUGCAGAAGAGGCUCACUGGGAUUUUAAUUGGAUUAGAAACUACUACUUAGAAGCUUAAGUUGGACGAACUUUAAUUGUUUUAUCUGAGAUAUUGGAGAGUUAGUGGCAACUUGAUUGAAGUUUAUAAAACUAGGAGAGGCAAAGACCGUAAGAUACAGAUCCAAAUUAGGCCAUUCGGCCCAUCAAGUCUGCUCUGCCUUUUCAUCACAGCUGAUCCAUUUCCCUCUCAAUCCCAUUCUCCUGCCUUCUCUCCAUAACCUUUCAUAUCCUGAUUAAUCAAGAACCUAUCAACCUCCGCCCUAAAUAUACCCAAAGGCGUUGACUCCACUGCCACCUGGGGCAACAAAUUCCAGACUCAGCACCCUCUGGCUGAAGAAAUUGCUCCUCUCCAUUCUAAAUGGACAUCCCUCUAUUCUGAGGCUGUGCCCUCUGGUCCCAGACUCCCCCAGGUAUAGGAAAUAUCCAUUCAAGCCCUUUCAAUAUUUGACAAGGUUUCAAUGAGAUCCCAACGCUUUCUUCUAAAUUCCAGUCAGUAUGGGCACAGAGCCUUUAAUUGCCGCUCAUAUGAUAACCCUUUCAUUCCCAGA